AGCGUCAAACAGGAAAAGUGGCUGGUCGGGAUUCGCUUUCAGCAUUAGUGUGUUGGAUGUGAAGGUGAACACUGGCAAGGCCAAGGGCAGUCGUCAUCUUCACGCAAGAACCGACCCUCACCAAGCAAUAAUUCCCUCUAACCGACAGAGCGAAGGCGCCACGAGCAGAAACCAAAGGACAGCCCGACUGUACAAGGAAGGAAAACAAGUAGCAUCCCCCAACUAACCGUCAAGGACCAACAGAUAACCAAGCUUACAAAUUGAACUACAAUGGGCACAUGGCGGUUCCUGGGCCUAUUAUUAGCAGCAGCGGCCAUUGGACAUCAAGUAGUAAGAGCUGAUGAUAGCUCAUCAUCAUCGGAGCCUGUCGAAACGUCCUCAGAAGCUGUUCAACCAUCUGGACCGUCAGCUAGCGGUCCCAGCGGCCCAAGUGCGCUAGGAUACAUGGGGCCGUCUGGCGUAGAAGAAUGCGAUCCGGACAUGAUUGGUUUUGAAAUAAUCACUGGUUUCGUAUAUUCGGCGCCUUCAGAUCUACUGGACUCACUUCCAGGAACACUGAUGCUGACAGACUGCCUGGAAGCGUGCCAGGGCAACGACACAUGUCAGUCCGUAAAUUACGAGACAGGCCUCUGUGUAUUGUUCAGGUCUAAUGCUGACAGCUAUCCAGGGGCGCUGACCAAGUCCCAGUUCCCCGUCUUCACAAUCUACGCGCAGAAGACGUGUCUUGGCGUGAAGCCAUGCGAGAAGGCGUGGUGUUUUGACCGAGUGCAAGGCUACCAGCUGUCCGGCUUCUCCAGAAAGCAACACGUAACUGCUUCUCGUCAAGACUGUCUUGAGCUGUGUCUUGGCGAACGUGAAUUCCCAUGCAGGUCGGCCAACUAUAACAACGCGACGAAGGAAUGCAGUCUAUCAGAUAUGGACCGCCUUACCGUGGCAGGUUCUGGUGCGUUCCGUUCCGAAACGGACGCGGAAUACCUGGAGAACAACUGCGUUGAAGAACCUGUCAAAUUAUGCGAAUUUAAGAAGCUAAGUGGUCGCAUCCUCAAGACAGUGGAUUCGGUGUACCAGGAUGUUGGAUCGGCGGAUGAAUGCCGCGAGCUCUGUCUCAACUCGCCCUUCCGCUGCCACUCUUAUGACUACGGCGACACCGGCGAGAUGGUCUGCAGACUCAGUCAUCACUCGCGUGCUACUCUUGCCCCCCCGAUGUACUAAUAUUCUUGCUUGCAGGAUCCAUAUCUGGAUGUACCAGAAGCAUCAACAUAUGAGCUGAGCUCUUGCUACAACGUCAGCAUUGACUGUCGAUCUGGUGAUAUGGUAGCACGCAUCAAGACCAGCAGACUGUUCAAUGGCAAAAUCUACGCCAAAGGCAGCCCCAACUCGUGUGUGGAAGACGUUCGUGGAAGUCUUGAAUUUGAACUAAGGAUGGCGUACGAUGAUGUUGAAUGCAACGUAAGGCAACAAGGUCUUGGCCGGUAUCUGAACGACGUCGUCAUUCAGCACCACGAUACUAUCGUGACGAGUUCGGAUUUGGGUUUAGCCGUCACGUGUCAAUACGACCUGACCAAUAAGAGCGUCUCGAACGAGGUUGAUCUCGGUGUGAGAGGUGACGUGCGCCCAGCACUGUCGGAAGAGGUCGUAGUGGACUCACCCAACAUUGCUAUGAAGAUCACGCAUCGUCAUGGUGGAGAUCUCCUGCCAUCAGCAGAAGUUGGAGACCCCCUGACUCUGUGGUUCGAGAUUCUGGAUCGCAACAGCCCAUACGACAUGUUCGUGAGAGAACUCGUCGCAAUGGACGGGGUGGACUCCAGUGAGAUUGUGCUUAUUGACUCGGACGGUUGCCCAACUGAUCACUUCAUAAUGGGGCCGAUCUACAAGUCUGCGGACUCUGGCAAGGUAUUAUUAUCACACUUCGACGCUUUCAAGUUCCCUUCAUCAGAAGUGGUACAAUUCCGCGCCCUCGUUACACCCUGCAUGCCCACAUGUGAACCGGUGCAGUGUGAUCAAGAAGAUUCAUCCGGCGAACUUCGAUCCGUACAAUCAUUCGGUCGCCGUAGACGCCGUUCAACCAGCAGUCACACAGCCAAAGCUCGUGAAGAUAUGUUACUUGUACAAUCCAUCCACAUCACCGACAAAUUCGGUUUCGAUCAGUCGGCAGCAAGGAAGUCCAACGUGACCACGUCUACAAGCGAUAACAGUGCCAUCUUCAUUAGUGAUACGACGUCUGGAGGAUUCUGUAUCAACGUAGCGGGUAUCAUUGUGGCUGUAACCGUCUUCCUGGUGGCACAACUAGCUGUGAUUGCGGUGUGGACCUUCGUAUGGCAGCGCAGAAGAAAGAUCAUGAAGCACCACCAGGAUGCUAUGUCUGUGAGUGUAAGUGUUCCUGGACUCAACGUGGCCCGUACAGAUAGUCUCUGCAAGCUUUACGACACAGGGUACGCCAGGCGCUUCUGAGGACUUGUCAACAAAGCAAAUACGGUAGUCAUCUGCUUUAAUGCCAAAUUUUAACUAAAAAAAGUACGAUAACGCUUGACUCUAAGUUAAAAAUUUUCAACUCAAGAUUUGACAAUGUUCAACUUAUUGACUGAAUUUAGCCAAAAUUCUGAAAUUACUUAUUAAAUUUGACACCGGAAACAAAGCAACACCAAGAAAAUGUCAUGCCAACUGUUCCAAUAUCAAUAACAUGGGCAUGACCACAAAAUUUCUAUCAUUUCUGUUAAAUCUUAAGAUUUACACAGAGAAGCUGCUACAUAAGAACAUAUCUGUUUCGAGUCCAAGCACUUCCCCUAUCACAAUGAAUAGUAUAAUUCUGGCAAGUUUCGCCAAAAAUGGUAUACUGAUUUCAAAUCGUAUUAUACAUGAGACAUCCAUUAUCCACACACAAGAUGUCUCUGUCUUUAAGUUCUCGAAUAUAACGCCUUGCAUCAAUAUCUGAGUCUAAAAGUGUACACCAUUGAUCGGUACGAUCAUCAUAACUACAGUCAACAGCAUUGAAAUCUCCACGAACUAAAUAAAUCUUAUGAAUAUGAUAUAUGUAUGAAAAAAGUGCAUAUGUUCCUGGAGUCUCCGUGUCAUUUUAACUACGCACAUUACAAAAUUGUAGCAACAGUCUAGGAAAUGCAACGAGUCUUGUAAUACGUUCAGUUUUAUCUGUGAAAAAUGAGAAUGUCUCGUUUCCCUUAACCAAUUCGUCACAGAGGGAUAGAAGGGCAAGAACUUAAGACAAACGAGCAAAGUUCUUUUACUUGCUUGCAGAAAUCAAUUUCUGCUAUCAGAAAGAAAUGCUGCAAUGUAAGAAAAGCAUUCAUGACAGUAUGACCACUGUGAAGUUGUUAUAAAAACACUUUCUGUAAAUAAGAAAUGGGACAAGCCAUUCAUGCCACAGAACUGCAGAAUUUAAAAGGCAUAUCGGGGUCAUGGUGAAGGUUGGUAUAGGAUUCAACGGUGCUAACAUAUGAACGCAGAACUUCCCUCGUAAUUAUUCGCUAGGAAAUAAGAAUUCAGUGUCGAGAACAGCAAUUGUAAAGGAUUUCUUACCUUUACAAAACUGUUUUCGAGGUUGAGUUCAGUAGCUAAUGAUAACUUUAUUGAUACUGCUGAUGCCAUUUAUCAUUUUUACUUUUAGUAAUCGAUAUUACGUAGUUUUAUGUACAACACUUCAACGACAAAGAACCCACCUGCAAAAACCUCACAGCGAUGCAUCACGUACUGUAAGAGUUAAUUAAAACUGCAUUUUCCUACAGCGAUGCUAGCUGUUAUAAAUGUGUUUUUUAAACAGAUACUAUUGAAAUAGUAUCAUAUAAGCUUCCUCUUCAAAAGUAAUAAAUGAUGUUUGAAAAACACUGUGCUAAUUUAAAAUUUUAAUUAGUGAUCAAUACGUAUAUGCUUAUAGUUUUAUAUCUAUACCUGAAAGGGUAAUCAGCCGAAGGGGAACAACAUACUAAUACGUCGACAAACAGCUGAGGAGACGAGGACGACCGGUGUGUAUGUAUAAUGAGUGAAUGUAUGUCCGUUUCUAUACAAGAAUGACUGUCUUAUUUAAGGUUAAGUGACCUCACGUUUUUAUUGUUAUUUUUGCUUGUUCUCGCCUCCGAGGUGGGAGUUUUAAGGCAACUUACAUUGGGAAAAUUUUAGUAUUUCGUGUUCACUGCACACACGCAUCACGCGUCGAUAUUUGCUACACACGUUUGUUAGAAUCUACAUCAAAUAUACUGCACGUUUAUAGUACUUUCACAUAAAAAUCAAGAGUGUGAUCACGAAAUGAACUCCCUGUAAGUUGUUUUAAAAUCCCACAAGUUCAACCGAAACUGAAAAUGGAAAAGGUCUUGUUUAUACAGUACCCUAAGUAUAUAACUAGAGCUUGUGUUAAGAUGGAUGUAUGGCAAUUAAGUCAUAAGAUUAUUAUCUGGUAUUAAUUUUAGUGUUUUACACUGUAACCACUAAUAAAAUAAAAUAAACAUAA